CUUCUUCAUAAAUAUUACUCCACUACUCCUUAUUCGUCCUUCAAUUAUUCUUAUUUAUCUCCACGCCUUAUACACACUGUAAAGAAUGGUGUAAAACCUAUAUUGGACCCGUCAAAAAAUUCAAAAGCACGUACACCAAAUUAAAUACCAUGGGAAAGGAAGAAUUAAUUAUACAAAAUACAGACACUUAAAUAAUCAAAAUGAAAAACAGACAGAGGAAAAUUACACAGCGCAUGAGAUCAUGAUGGCAUAUAAAGGUGUUCCCAAACUUUUUUCUUUAUGUCUGGUAGCAAAAGCAGUUGGGUAUUUUGAAUAUUACCCCUUUGCUUUCUCCUUAUAGUCCUUAGCCAUUCUUCCAUUUCCAUAUUCAAAUAACCCCAAAAUUUUCUUGAUCUUAUUCUAUUCAUAGGACAACAACAACAUUCUAAAGAUAUCAGAUAUUUUAUAUGCAAACAUAGAAAAGAACGAGAUCGAAGUAUUUUUAUUUAACUUUCGAUAUAUACAACAACAAAUUAAUGAAGGUGAUGAAGAUUGCAUGGGAAUCACUUGUUCCUAGUUGUAUUAAGUCUUCUGAGAAUCCAAAGAAAAAUCCAAAAGUUAAAGUGUCCGUUACUAAACAAAUUUCGUUCCAUGGGAUUCCUGUAUCAGAUAUUAGCUCUUCUACUAUAUCGUCAGAUCUUUCAAUCUCUCUUGCUGGUUCUAACAUUCAUUCAUUCACGCUACAAGAACUGAGAGUGAUCACGCAGAACUUCUCCACCAGUAAUUUCAUUGGUGAGGGAGGGUUUGGACCAGUUCACAAGGGAUUCAUUGAUGAUAAACUUAGACCUAAUGCUCUCAAAGCUCAGCCUGUAGCUGUUAAGCUCCUCGACUUAGAUGGCUCACAAGGUCAUCGAGAAUGGCUGACGGAAGUGAUAUUUCUUGGGCAAUUGAGACAUCCACAUCUAGUGAAGUUGAUAGGAUAUUGUUGUGAAGAAGAACACAGAUUGCUAGUGUAUGAAUACAUGCCCAGAGGAAGCUUGGAGAAUCAGUUGUUUAGAAGAUAUUCAGUAUCACUUCCGUGGUCAACACGUAUGAAAAUAGCUUUUGGUGCUGCAAAAGGCCUGGAGUUUCUUCAUGAAGCUAAAAAGCCUGUCAUCUAUCGUGAUUUCAAGGCUUCGAACAUCUUGUUAGACUCCGAUUACACAGCCAAACUCUCAGAUUUUGGGCUUGCAAAAGAUGGUCCGGAAGGAGAUGACACACAUGUCUCCACUCGAGUCAUGGGAACACAUGGCUAUGCUGCUCCUGAAUACAUUAUGACGGGUCAUUUAACUGCAGCUAGUGAUGUGUACAGCUUCGGAGUAGUACUAUUGGAGCUUCUAACUGGCCGAAGAUCUGUUGACAAAGGUCGUCCACACAGAGAACAGAACUUGGUAGAUUGGGCAAGACCACAACUGAGAGAUCCUCGGAAGCUACGUAGAAUAAUGGAUCCGAGGCUAGAAGGCAUGUACUCAGAAGGAGGAGUUCACAAGGCAGCACUAGUGGCUUACCAGUGUCUAAGCCACAGGCCAAAAGCUAGACCAGAUAUGAGCACUGUUGUGAAAACCUUAGAACCCUUGAAGGACUAUGAAGAUACUUCAAUGGUAACAUUUGUGUACACAGCUCCAACAGAAAGCAAAGAAGUUAGUGAAAAAGAUGAUCAAGACCAAAAAGAAGUGAAGAAAGAAAGUAGUACUGCUAGUCCUCAUUAUCAUCACCAAAAACAACACCAUCAUCAUCAUCAUAAGAAACAUAAUAGAAGAAGUACUCCUUCAUCUCUAACUAUUCACUCAGAAACAGUUCUACACAAGAGACUAACUCCAAAUUCUCCACUGCAGAAUGGUUUCAAAAGAUCUUAAGAUUAUUAUAAUUAUUAAACUGUAUAUGAAAUAUUUUAGAUAGAGAAUCAUACUCGUACAUCCACAGUUUCUUUUAGUCUUAUUUAACUUCAUAGUACUUCAAAUGUUAGGACAAAUAUUUGAGCUAAAGCUAAGCUCCCUUUUUUAAUUAAAUUUCUUCUUUUUGACUAAAUCUACCCUUUUUUCUCUUGAAUGCAAGUUGUACUUACUUGACCUUUUU